AUGAUGAGAGACUUAGUCGAGAGGGCCGUUGAGGUCUGCCGCAAUGUUCCACAUUGGGGGGAGAUUCACUUCUCCAAUUCAGAUUGUCUGAUGGCUGUGGGGGUGGAGAACGAAUCGACCUAUUCGGAAUCCAAUACGAGACAAUUCCAUCGCGUGAUGAAAGGCUUGGAUCAAAUCCACGGCCCUCCUUUCCAUCCCAAUACUGAAGAAGAUAAUACAAAACGUGCUGUGUACCUUGCAAGUCUUAUUGUUGUCAAUCCUGGAACCGGGAAGAAAGCAGCCCUUGCUUACAUCAUGCGAGUGGCUGGCUUCACUGAUCAUCUGUGUGGCCCCGGCAAAGACUACGUUCGCGUCAGUCGACGAGUAACCGCAGCAAAGAAGAAAAAACCACCACCACCACCACCUGCACCACCUGCUAUUGCUCCACAAAACGUCCCAAAGGCUCCACAGCACCGUCCACCAGCAGCGCAUCCUUAUCGAGCCAAGGCGCCAGUAAAAGAAGUGCAAGUUCAUGAUGAUGAUUCGGUCGCCCCAAGCAUGAUCUUAUCUCCAAUGUCCGCUUCAUCAUUUUCCACGGCAAGUAGAGAACCUGCCCGCAAGAAAUCCACCGUUGAUGAUGAAGAUUUGGUUGAUUUUUUCAAUACCCCGCCAUACUUUGCCUACGCCGAGACGAUGCCACCAUCAUUUUCAAGUGCAGCUUCCGAUGCAUCUUCCCAAUCUGUCAACCUAUCCUACAAAGAUGCCAAACAUCGCCCGAAGAGCAUUAACAGCAAUAUUUCCCAUCUAACGACAUCAAAGACGCAUCGACGAACAACGCAAGCAGCUCAAAUUGAGAGGCAACAAGGCCGUGAAUUUGAAAAUCUACGCAAAUCGAUGUACAAGGCUGGCACUGUCAUUUACAAAUUGGGAGUUAGCAGAAGCCGUUCGAAAAGGCCGAGUUAA